CGAGAAGUUGAUGGACUUGGGAGAAGAAAGAGGAAGUUAUCUCGGUCAUGCCACGCAUAAUUUAUUUUUAUAUCCGAGCCACUCAGCACCCGCGCCUCCGCGCUAAGGUCGCAAACCACCUGUGAAAUGCGGACGUCCGAGCUUUCGCCGACAUAUCUGAUUCCGUCAUAUCCAUCGCAGCUGACGGCCGACGGCAACGGGCAAACCAUCAUCACGACCGAUCGACGAGCCAUAUUCGCCGGCGCCUUGACUUCUGCAGCACCAUUCCUACCGCACUCACGAUUUUCUCCACGAGGAACGAGUGCGCCAAAUCAUACGAAGCAAACAGCACAUAGGCAAAGACAGGGAACGGCAAAGGAAGUCAAUCAAUAUGUCUACCGUCGCAAGGACCGGCGAGUCGGCCGGCAAAGUUCUGUCGCUGUACCGUCAGCUUUUGCGCCAGGGAAACCAGUUCUCUUCUUACAAUUUCAGAGAGUACGCCAAGCGCCGCACAAGAGACGCUUUCAGGGAAAACAAGAACGUGGAGGAUCCUAGGCAAGUGCAGGAGCUUGUGCAGAAGGGGUUGCAGAACCUCCAGAUGCUCAAGCGCCAAACAGUUAUUAGCCAGUUUUACCAGCAAGAUCGCUUGGUCGUCGAGGGUGGGCUCUCGGGCAAGGACAAAGAAGGAGGCAAGCUCAGGCAGAAGGAUACCGGCUGGGACUAAAUGGCUGUAAACGAAAAGCCCUGUUUAGUUGUAGCAUUGUACAAAUUUCACGAGAAGAAGAAAAGGCCAUGUGUAUACUAUGAGUGAAGGAUUGGGGAACAGGACACCUGUUCGAGCCCGCAGGAAAGAUGACGGGAUAGAGGCUUGAUUUAGCAGGCACAUGAGCCCAAAGGUGGUGGCCACGGGGCCCCCUCGUUGGGCGGAUGAUAAUACAAUCGGUACAAGAUCAACUUCCAGCGGUUCGGGACAAUUAUGGGCGGUUUUCCUUGGGUGUAGAUUUUGUCUUGGUU